AUGCUUUUGAUAGGCUUUAUAACAGUGGUCUCUGCGCUUGUCUGCCCCGAGGGUAGGGUCGCCGUCGGUGAAAAUUGCUAUCCAGAGGACUGUGUCUUUAGUGGAACAGUCUGCUCUGGCAGGGGAGACUGCAUCGGGUCCAAGUGUCACUGUGACAGAGGAUACGCCUUAUCGGAGCAAGGCUGCCAGCCAGAAGAUUGUGUCAAUAGAGCAACAAGAUACUACUGUGGACGCCACGGAGAAUGCUCAGCAACUGCUCCAUUUACAUGUACUUGUGAAGAUGGGUAUAUAGCUAUGGGGCAUAACUGUGUGCCUCCAGACUGUAUAUCGGAUGGGAAGGUGUGCAGCGGUAAUGGUGUAUGCAUGUACGGGCUUGAUGACGAGCCGUACUGCCAGUGCCUUGAAUCAUAUGCAGGAAAACUGUGUGAAGAGUGCUCUGCCAAAUCUACUCUCAUUGGGGCUCACUGCAUACCCAAUGAGUGCGUUAGUGACAUAAUGGGAGAGCCCACUGCGUGUGGUGGCCACGGCAUAUGCAUCCCCGCCACAAAGGCUACAAAAGCAUUUUGUCUGUGCUUGCCAAAGAUGAAAAACAUCGGCAAUGCAUGCAUUCCCAAGACAUGCCUCAGCGGUGAGGAAGGAAACUACACCGUCUGCAUGGGGCAUGGAACAUGUAAAAGGAAAGGCUGCGUGUGCGAUGAAGGCUAUGAAGGAAGUCUAUGCCAGUACGAGAUACAGCAGUGUGAAGAAGGAUAUGUAUCUAAAGGUGGAGAGUGCGUCAAUCAACUGUGCAUCUCUAGCUCUGGUGACGUUUGCUCCGGGGGUGGCUCAUGCGUUGUAGACCACUGUGUGUGCGAUCAAGGCUUCGCCCUCAUAGGAGGAACGGAGUGUACUCCUCUCCAGUGCAUUGUGCUGGGACAGGUUUGCCCCCAUGGUACUUGUACAAAUACCGACGGUAUAUGGGGCUGUACCUGCAACAAAGCAUAUGUUUCACACAACGGGUAUUGUGUCCCGAAAAGCUGCAUCACUGACUAUAGCCCUAUAGGCGAACCAGUGUUAUGCUCUGGUCACGGGACUUGCGACUAUCUCACUGGUAUGUGCAGCUGCAACUAUCAAUACAGCGGAAAGCACUGUGAUCUGUGCAGCACCUACUCUGUAGCCACCCCCACUGGUGAGUGCGUUCCUUUAACUUGUGUCUCGGACAUGCAAGAAGACAUGCCAGAGACCUGCAGCAGCCACGGGGUCUGUCAAAGGAAUAAGCUCUCAACCAAUGAGUAUAUUGACUACUGCAUGUGCGAUGACGAUUACGAGCUUCUUGACACAAGCAAAUGUGUCCAUAGGAACUGCCUGAACCCAAUCACAACCAUGGUUGAGUGCACGAACCAUGGGCAGUGCUUCGAUGGUAAGUGUGUCUGCGACAGCGGAUACCUCGGACAGUACUGUGAAGAUUAUAAAUGCCCAGAGGGAGAGCUCUAUGCGUCGACGGCGUGCUACCCGAGGCAGUGUGUCUCUGAGUAUAACGACGGCCAAAGAAGGGUUUGUGGGGGUCAUGGCCACUGUGUAGAAGGAACCGGUGGAUUUGAAUGCGAGUGCAACCACAACGCAGUGAUGUUAGAUGGCGUUUGCACCGCCAUCACAUGCGUCACCAAUUCAGACAACGGUGUUGUUUGCUCUGGAAAUGGUGUGUGCCGCGACAACCGCUGCUUGUGCGAUCCUGGCUUUCGAGGUGGAUAUUGUGAAAGAGCAGCGUAA